AUGCCAAAGUGGGGAAGAAAGAGACCUAGAAGACUUAUCUUUGCAGUAGGUCUGUAUACCGUAGGAGCUGGUCUAUAUGAUAUUUUCUAUCCAGCAGUUACCUAAAACUUCAGAGAUGCUUACAACCUUAGAGAAAGAUAUGGUGCUGAGAGUUGGGUUGUGGUUUCAGGUGCAACCAAUGAGCUUGGACAGCAAUUCGCUCAUGAGUUUACUAAGCAAGGAUUUAAUUUAGUUCUUAUAGAUGAAAAUUAGGAGAAUCUAGAAAAGUUAAAGGGUCAGCUAGCUGAAAACAAUCAUAUAGUGCAGCUUUAGACCAUGUAGUUUGACCUUAAAAAGAGCUAAAACUGGAAAGAUUAUGAUGAGCUUUGCAAUAAGAUUAAGGAGAUUACUAAGGAAAAAGAAUUAUCUGUUCUUGUUAACAAUGCUGAGGAAUUCGAUCCCUUUGGCCCGAAGAUACAUAAGGCAGAUGAUUAACUACUUCUUGGUACCCUCACUAUUAAUACUUUCCCAGUGGUCUUCUUGACUAGAUUCCUAGGAACAGACAUGAAGUCUAGGCAAAAGAAGAGUGCUAUUAUUAAUCUGACAUCUUAUUACAGCGAGUAUAAUGUGUAAAAUUCACCCAUUUACUCCUCAACUAAAGCUUAUUAAGAUGUAUUCUCUCAAAUUUUAGGCUAUGAGAACUAAGAUCUCGAUGUUUUGACUGUUAAAAACAUGCCAUACAAGACAGAGAGGCAUCCUAACGGAGUUGAUCCUAAGUAAAUCGUAGAGGGAGUAAUGAAAGAUUUAGGUCAUGAAAGAAUCUCAUAUGGUCACUGGACUCAUGCUGCGUUUAGAUACUGGAUUUUACUCAGACAAUGCUAAUUCUGGUUCAGUAGUUGUGGGCCGAGCAAAGCUAGUCAAACUAAGCAAUGA